UAGACCGCUCGCGUGGUGCUGAUGUGAGGAAACUCCGCCGUUUUUGGAGCAUUUAUGCCAUAAACGCCGGUCGGAUAUGACAUUUUCCACUGACUGGAGAGCCGGGAAGCAUCGAGUCCGCGACCUUCGCCUCUCUCUGUGCUGCCGUCGAUGAAAUAUGCGUGCAUUGUUGUGGAGAUAGCGGUGACAGCGGCAGGAAUGAGCUCGUAGAGCGAGAGAGAGAGAAGGCGAGAGGGAGAGAAGGAGGAGUGGUCGGCUCGUCGUGGAGAAGGAAAGAGGGACUGGCAGAGGGAUUUGGAUGCGGCAGACGUGCCUCACGCCGCUAACUGAAAUGUUAUUUGCAACUGGUGGGCGGUAAACCGUAGUAAAAGAGAUCCCAGCGGAGCAGAAGGUCUGCAGAUGUUCCAGGAUCGAGCCACGAAAACGCGUUCGGGUUUGAAGUGAAGCGGAGCGGAGCUGGAGGAACUGGGUGGAGAAGUGGCGGAGUGGAGGCAGACGACAGACAUGGAAUAGCUAAAGGUCGGGGAUUGGAGGCUAAACGCUGGACGCUAGGCUAUGCACGUUCAGAAACAAACAGGAGGGCGCGUUUAGUUGUCAGCAGUUGUCGUUACGAUGCCACGUAAUGCCAUAAGGGCGUGAUGCUCAGAGUUAACUGUGCUAACCGAAGCGUCUGUUCUGACAGGAUUACUUUCCACUGAGACUUUUUUGCGUUGAGCCGUCAGCAAAUAUGAUGUGCGAAGUGAUGCCCACGAUUAACGAGGGGGACUCGGUGAGUUCCCAGAGAGGGUCUCAGAACGGCUCGGACCCGGAGUCCAAUUUCGAGCAGCUGAUGGUCAACAUGCUGGACGAGAGGGACAAGCUUCUGGAAUCUCUGCGCGAGACCCAAGAAGCGCUCCUCCAAUCACAGGCCAAGCUUCAGGACGCGCUGCACGAGAGGGACGCGCUGCAGAGACAGAUCAACUCGGCGCUGCCUCAGGAGUUUGCAACGCUGACCAAGGAGCUGAAUACAUGUCGGGAACAGCUUCUGGAGAAAGAGGAGGAAAUCUCAGAGCUUAAAGCAGAGAGGAAUAACACCAGGCUCCUCCUGGAGCAUUUGGAGUGCUUGGUGUCUCGUCACGAGCGGUCUCUGAGGAUGACUGUGGUGAAGAGGCAGGCUCCUCCGCCCUCUGGAGUCUCUAGUGAAGUGGAGGUGCUGAAGGCUCUGAAGUCCUUAUUUGAGCAUCACAAAGCCCUGGAUGAGAAGGUGCGUGAGCGAUUGCGUGUGGCUCUAGAGAGAGUGACUACACUAGAGGGGCAACUGGCGGCCACUACUCAGGAGCUUGCCAUGGUACGACAAGGAAAGACGGAAGGAAACUCAAUGGACAGAAUGGAUGGCUCCAAGCCAACAUGGAAGAGACUGCCCAACGGCUCUAUAGACGUCCACGAUGAGGCCAGUCGCUGUUUGGAGCUGCAGGAGCUGCUGGACAAGGCUAACAAAGAGCUAGCCACGAGCCGUGAUCGGGCUAACACCCUGAAUGGCCGCGUGGCCGAGCUGGAAGGUGAAUUGGCCAAUGUCCGCAAGGAGCUGCUGAAGAGCGAAGAGCUGAACACCAAACAUCAGAGAGACAUCCGCGAGGCGAUGGCACAGAAGGAGGACAUGGAGGAGCGCAUCACAACGCUGGAGAAGCGCUACCUGGCCGCCCAGCGGGAAACCACCUCCAUCCACGACCUGAACGACAAGCUGGAGAACGAGCUAGCCACCAAGGACUCGCUGCACCGGCAGAGCGAGGAGAAAGUAAGGCACUUGCAGGAGCUGUUGGAGCUGGCUGAGCAGAGGCUGCAGCAGACCAUGAGGAAGGCUGAGACUCUGCCUGAGGUGGAGGCUGAACUCGCUCAGAGAGUAGCUGCACUUACCAAGGCUGAGGAACGUCAUGGCAACAUAGAGGAGCGCCUUCGACAGCUGGAGUCUCAACUGGAGGAGAAGAACCAGGAACUCGGCCGGGCUCGUCAGCGAGAGAAGAUGAAUGAGGAACAUAACAGGCGCCUGUCGGACACAGUGGACCGCCUGCUCACUGAGUCUAAUGAACGACUACAGCUCCACCUGAAGGAACGCAUGGCUGCACUGGAGGACAAGAAUGCACUCAUCCACGACCUGGAGAAUUCCCAGAAACAGCUGGAGGAGUUCCACCACUCCAAGGAGAGGCUGAUAGGGGAGAUAGAGAAGCUUCGGGCAGAGAUUGAUCACCUGAAGAGAAGGAGCGGUGCUUUUGGAGAUGGAACACACCCUCGGUCUCAUGUGGGCAGCACCACAGACCUGCGGUACUCUGUGGUGGAGGGGCAGGGAGAUCAUUACUCCUCAACAGGAGUCAUACGGCGGGCACAGAAAGGACGACUGGCAGCACUCAGGGACGAGCCCACAAAGAUCUUGCCGAUGGUGGAGCAGGACUGGGACCGAUCCCAGCCAGCCAGCCUGCGGGCCAGCCGCUCACACCUGAUGGGCAGCGACACCGAGCUGUCAGACCUGGACGAUGAAGACCGCGAGACCAUCUUUAGCUCAGCAGACAUGCUGUCUCCGAGUGGCCACUCGGAUGCGCAAACGCUGGCCCUCAUGCUGCAGGAGCAACUUGACGCCAUCAAUGAAGAGAUCAGAAUGAUCCAGGUGGAACGGGAGUCUGCGGAGCUCCGGGCGGACGAGAUUGAAAGCCGAGUGAACAGCGGCAGCAUGGACGGGCUCAAUGUGACCCUGAGACCCCACUCCACUAUUCCCACCUCCGUCACCGCCCUCUCCCUGGCCAGCUCCUCGCCUCCUAUCAGCGGACGCUCCACGCCCAAGAUGGCCUCCCGCUCCGCAGCCCACGAGCUGGGCAUCAUGACCCUGCCUAGCGAUUUAAGAAAACACCGCAGGAAAGUUGCUUCUCCAGUGGAGUCUCGCGAGGAUAAAGCCACUAUAAAGUGUGAGAUGUCGCCCCCCUCCUCCCCCCGCAGUCUUAGAUUGGAUCAGAUGAACUUUGCCCAGCUGACCGGAAGCCUGGAGGAUGGACGAGGGGGAAACAAGAAAAAGGGCAUCAAGUCCUCUAUUGGCCGCCUCUUUGGCAAGAAAGACAAGCCUCAGACAAUGAGCAAGGACGGCCAGAUGACCCCACCUGUCAUUCCAGAUUUUGAGAUGAGCAUUGGAGAUACCAUGACCCUGGGCAAGCAGGCCGAGAGAGACCGCAGGAUGAAAAAGAAGCAUGAGCUGCUGGAGGAUGCCAGGAGGAAAGGCCUGCCAUUUGCUCAGUGGGACGGCCCUACAGUGGUCUCCUGGCUUGAGCUAUGGGUGGGGAUGCCGGCGUGGUACGUGGCAGCGUGCCGCGCCAACGUGAAGAGCGGGGCCAUCAUGUCUGCGCUGUCCGACACAGAGAUCCAGAGAGAGAUUGGCAUCAGCAACCCGCUGCAUCGGCUCAAGCUCAGGCUGGCCAUCCAGGAGAUGGUGUCAUUGACCAGUCCCUCUGCACCCCUCACUUCACGCACUUCCUCCGGAAAUGUGUGGGUGACUCACGAGGAGAUGGAGAACAUGGCAGCCUCCACCAAAGCGGAGAACGAGGAGGGGAGCUGGGCACAGACGCUUGCAUAUGGAGAUAUGAAUCACGAGUGGAUUGGGAACGAGUGGCUGCCUAGCCUGGGCUUGCCCCAGUAUCGAAGCUACUUCAUGGAGUGCCUGGUGGACGCUCGCAUGCUGGACCACCUCACUAAGAAGGAUCUCCGCACACAUCUCAAAAUGGUGGAUAGCUUUCACAGAGCCAGUUUACAGUACGGCAUCAUGUGCUUGAAGAGGCUCAACUAUGACAGGAAGGAGCUGGAAAGAAGGAGAGAGGAGUGCCAAAAUGAAAUUAAAGACACUUUGGUGUGGACCAAUGACCAUGUGAUGCACUGGGUGCAGACCAUCGGGCUGAAGGAGUACAGCAAUAACCUGCUGGAGAGUGGCGUACACGGAGCCCUAAUUGCUCUGGACGAAACCUUCGACUUCAGCAGCCUUGCACUCAUCCUGCAGAUACCCAUGCAGAACACCCAGGCCAGGCAGAUCCUGGAACGGGAGUUCAACAAUCUCUUGGCCUUGGGGACUGACAGGCGUCUGGAGGAGAGUGAUGAUAAGUCUUUCCGGAGGUCCCCGUCAUGGAGGAAGCGCUUCAGGCCGCGGGAGGGCCAGGGGCUGGGCAUGAUGCCUGGCUCCAUCGAGACGCUACCUGCUGGCUUCCGCCUCACCACCAUGUCUAUUCCCUCCUCCAUGGCUGUGGUGCCCAAGAAACAGCUGCAGCCUGAAGCUGGACCCCCACCACCUCAGAGACUUGACCCCUCUGUCGUCAGGACUUACUCCUGCUAACUCUGCUUUACUAACUGCACUCAUGCUACCAGUGCAUUCCCACUACCUGUAUGGACACAUGCUUGCGGCCUUUCGAGAGUGAUAUGCCAAAUUUCGGGGGGAAACUUUUGGAGGCUCGAUCUCUCCACCCCCCCCUCCCGAACGAAACCAGUGCUUUCGUGGAAACGGUGCAAUAGGGGAAAAAAACCUGAACUUUGAACUCUUGAACGCACUCGUUGCGUAGCUGCUCUUAAAGGAGAUAUCUUGUCACGUCGGUCACUUCCUAGUAACCCCAAGUUAUUUAGUCCUUGUGCUGGUCGUUUUCAACUGGUGUACUUGGCCCCUAGUCUGUCAGUUCUAGUCUACUUCCUUGGGUGUGUUGAUGGCAAUUUACUAUGUAAGGUUUUCCCCCCCUCCGGUUAUGCAAGGUAUUAAUCAGUGUCUCUUUCUGUAUAUAAAAUGGAUUAUAAUAUGUUUUUUAUAGAAAUAUAUAAAUAUAUAUAUUGGAAUUGUAUAUGGAAAAGACUAUAUCAUUAUUGUAUGAAUACUGAAAAUCUGUCUCAGUUGUGACUGUUUUUGUUUGUUUGAAACUCUCUGUCUGAUAGUGUUAGAUUUGUAGCCACUGUUUUGGAUGUGUUGGUGGAAGUUGCCCUUUUAUGCUGACCUGAGACCAGUUUUUUGCAAUUGCUCUUAGAAUCUGGGCAGGAGGGAGCUGGUCCCAGAUGAAAAUAAAAGGGCUUAUUAUCAGUAGCAUCUAAGUAGGUAUCUGGGGAAGAGUGAGUUUGCGGUCAUCUUAGCAGAGCUCAUCUGCAUUCCGAAAAAAAUGUCCAGGCCUUAAAGGAAUACUCUAAUCUCUAUCUGCCGCAUCUGUAGCUUAUGACUAAUUGCUAUGAGCAAAUGUUUUGAUGUUACCUUACAGAAAACCUCGUCGACAGAUCAUGAGUUUGAUCCCUGGUGAUGCCACAACCAUCUGUGGCCCAUAGUCCAUAAAAAAACAUAAAAAUCUCCCAGCUUGGUAGCAUCGUGUGAUGGGAAACUGAAAAUGAUAAAAAUGAUGAAAAAAAUAAUAAAAACACUCAACACUAGUGUUGUAGUCAAGACCACUAGAGGUGAGUAUGCAAGCCGGACACAUCAAGUCUGAAUCAGUACUUUGUAGUAGUCGAGUCAAGACUGACACAAGACCAAGACCCAAUUAAGAUUUUUUUUAAAUAUAAAAAAAGAAAUUUGUUGUUUAUUUUAUACAUUAUAGCAUUAAAUAAUAUAUAGCCUAAAAUAUUAUUAAUUAUUAUAAUUAUUAUUAAUUAUUAUUAUAGUAUAGUAUUAGUCCAACUUUGCGUCGUAAAUUUUGGAAGCAAAUGAUGGGGAGGUUAUUCUCUGUCGUUUCUUCUCUAAAACUGAACAUAAACCGAACAACACACAUCCAUUUUUAUUAUUAAAUGAGAACAUAGUAAUAAUAACAUUCCAAUCUGCCCUCAGGGAACAUUUGAGUUUUGGAACCAAUGAACAUCAACAAAGAAAUAGUACCCAGUUAAGCCAUCAUGGAAAGACUCUAUCUUAUCCUGAGACAGAGGUAAGACCGUGUCCAAAUGAUGUCGAGGCCGAGAUAAGACAGAGACUGUUACUAAGAACGGACUUGAGUACUACAACACUACUGAAAGGACUUAUAUAACAGCGGCCUAUAGGGUAGGUGCUGCUGCAGAUGCUGGAGUAUUCCUUUAAAGAUCAGGGUAAGUCAGCAGUUUGACAAAGAAGCCCUCCAUAUCAAACAGAAAUUCGCAGGACUAUAUGCGACAGCACAGAAAGCAAUAGCCUUCCGUGUCUUCAUCAUCAAGCCUAGAGUAGUUCAUAAAUGCGCCAAAAAUAUGAAAGUUGCAAACAACAGCCACUAGGAGGUGUGGUCUUAAAUCCAUUCGUUUUUUUUCUUUCUGCAUUAAUCAGUCGAACUGAUGAGAUAUAACAACAACCUGUAGGUUUUUGCUUUGUUUUGUUUUAUAUUUUUUAUGUUCUGUUUGCUUUUUUUACAGACAGUGUUUUAAUUACAUUUCAAGAGAUGUACAAUGUGCCACUGUGGCAGCUAUUUUACUUAUUUCUGUAUAUGUAUGUAAGUAUGUGUAUAUGUACUUUAUGCCAAGUGUAACACUAUAUGCUGAUAUAUUGAGCCUUUUUUGUUUGUUUACUUAAAAAAAGUGCUAUUUAUUAAAACACUAUGAAUUACA